CCUUCACUCUCUGGAGUCAUUCAUGUGCUCGCUUUCUGAGUUUGUUUUAUAUGUCGACUGUUAGCUAAAUGACAUCGCUCAGGGAUUUUGAACUUUUUCACUUGCGAUAGUGUUAGUUGCAUUACUUCUCUACUUUUUCCUGAUACAAGAGUCACGGCUGGAACAAUCUCUUGAUUAUUUUGCACGAAAUUCUUCUUUACUAAGUUGUUCAGUUUUUCUUGGUCACUUGAUUUUCUUCGUGAACCCGAUGGCUUGGAUAAACUGGAACAUUGUGUUUACCCUUGGUUUAUUUAUUUUGCCGGCAUAUGUAUUCAUGGAUCAGAGUGGGUUUAGGAAAUACUACGUAUUACAACCAGGACCGAGCGGUACGGAUAGAGUACAUGUGAGUUCAAUUUCUUCACAUUCGGGAGCUUCGGGGCAGCCUCACUCGUACAAUGUGGAACUUAGUGCCAGUUUUAGUGGACCAGUUCGUACCCGCAGAAUGGGAAACCAGGCGAACCCGACUCUUCCUUUGCGCCGAGACGCUCCCUUUACGCAGCAACAGCUCGUUCGGCAAACGAGCCACCAUAUGAAACUUUCUGGGGUGAAUGUCUGUGGAGGGCAGUGCUGUGUCGGAUGGAGCAAAGCACCUGGAUCGCAGCGUUGUACCAAACCAAACUGUGUGCCACAGUGCCAGAAUGGUGGAAUGUGUCUGCGACCUCAACUAUGUGUGUGUAAACCAGGGUCCAAAGGCAAAGCGUGUGAACAGACCACCCUGCCUCCUUCUUCACACCCCACUGGACCAGGCAACGGUGGGCACAGUAACGGCGGGCAUGGUAACGGUGGGCAUGGUAAUGGCGGGCAUGGUAACGGUGGGCAUGGUAACGGCGGGCACACCAACGGACACUCAAACGUGGUGCCCCAGCGGCCCAUCCCUCAGAUCCACCCACACGGCCAAGUGACGGCUCCUCUGCCGGUCCCUGGUACCAACAUGGCAAAGAUGACCCUAACCAUGAAACAGUCGGCACAUCAUCCCCUGCCUUUCCAACAACAAGCGCGAUCACCCGUUUCCAUGACGAGACAUCAGGGCCAAAGUCAACAGUUCGUCAUCAAGCCCAAGAUAUACCAGACACACACACAAACACAGAUGCACGGUGUAGUUCAGACACCAGAUCGAGCCAUUCCUCUGUCCGUGGGCCACAAUCCCAUUCACGUAGGCAACCACACCGGGAGGAUCAAGGUUGUCUUCACGCCCACCAUUUGUAAGGUGACUUGCAUGGGUGGUCGCUGCCACAAUAACUGUGAGGUUGGCAACACUACGACCAUCAUCAGUGAGAACGGACAUGCCGCUGACACGCUAACUGCUCCCAACUUCAGAGUAGUGGUGUGUCACCUGCCCUGUAUGAACGGUGGUAGAUGCAGUGCUCGGGAUAAGUGUCAGUGCCCACCCAACUUCACUGGAAAAUUCUGCCAGAUGCCAGUUCAAAAUGGUCACCAUCGACAACAGACAUCUUUAAGUAAUGGGCAAACAUCACAAGUCCACUCCACACACACUAUCCCAAUGACGUUCGGCAAUGGACAGAACCAAGUUUCAUUCUCUCCUAGUGUGGUGAACAUCCAUGUGAAGCAUCCUCCUGAGGCGUCUGUACAGAUUCACCAGGUGUCUCAGGUAGAUUCAAGCGGUCAGGUAGUAAAAGGCUCUCAGCAGUCUAGUCACUACUCAUAUCAUCAGAGAGAGAGCAGUCAGAAAGUCCAACAGCACAGCCAAAGCUUCAGCUACACAAACCAGCCAAGCUACAUCAACUACCAGCAACCAGUCACCUCUAAGAGCCAGCUGGGACGCUGUUUCCAGGAGACUGCUGGAACACAGUGUGGAAAAGCACUCCCAGGUCUGUCUAAAAAAGAGGAUUGCUGUGGAUUCUUGGGCACAUCAUGGGGCUUUCACAAAUGCCAGAAAUGUCCAAAGAAGCCAUCAAUUCCUCUGUCAGGAUCAAGGCAGGACAUCAGGUGUCCUCAAGGCUUCGUACUCAAUGAUACUCGUUGUGUAGAUCUGGAUGAGUGUCAGUUGCCGGGGGUCUGUCCUAAUGGAAAUUGUUUUAACACUGUUGGGAGUUACAUGUGUGUGUGCAAGAUUGGAUUUGUGCCAGACUCCACACGCACCACCUGCUACCCUCACACCCCGGCUGUCCGUGAGGAGAAGGGCGCUUGCUUCCGAUUGGUCAGUACGGGGAAGCAGUGUCUGCACCCGGUGUCCACUCAGCUGAGUAAACAGCUGUGCUGUUGCAGCGUGGGUAAAGCCUGGGGUCCACGUUGUGACCAUUGCCCUCUACCUGGGACAGCGGCAUUUAAAGAGAUCUGCCCUGGUGGGAUGGGCUACCACGUUACUGUCCCCAAUAGCCAAAAACCCAAACCCAGCAACCCCAAUCCACCGGUUGUCCAUGGCAAUGGCCAGCCGUCCGUCAAACACCAGGAGCCUGUGGCCCCUCCUCUUCCUUUCCCUACUCUGCCUCAGCCAGUGGAGGCACUGAGUGUCACAGAGAGGCAGCUGCCUUUAGUUCCAGUAGUCACAGCUGCCGUGGAGCAGGAGCUUUUUACCCGAGGUGGUAUUGAUAGGUCGGUUGUAGAGCCUGGCCAACCCCAGCUCUCCCCGGGCGUGUCGACCAUAAGGAUGGAGCAAGCUUUUCCAGAGGUGGUGGAGAAAACGUCGCCACCUGCUCCUGUUGCCAUCCUGCCCACGAGUGCAAGCCAGGAUAUUGCCCCCACACAACUGGCAGAGGUGGAUGAAUGCCAGUUGAGCCCUGGCAUUUGUGGGGCAGGUGUCUGCUCCAACACAGCUGACUCUUACACGUGUUUCUGUGAUGAAGGUUACCGGUUGGACACUGAGCACACCACAUGUGUAGAUAUUGAUGAGUGUGUGGAGAAUCCAAGUAGGUGUUUGAACGGGUACUGUAAGAACAUGGCGGGCAGCUUCCAGUGUGUGUGCCAGCCUGGCUUCAUGGCGGACGAGGAGGGCACCAGCUGCAUUGACAUUGAUGAAUGUUUGGACAGGACUGUUUGUCCAUCUGGUAAAUGCUAUAACACCCUUGGAUCAUUCAUAUGCAGUCCCUGUCCAGAAGGAUUUGAGGGGAAGGACGGACAGUGUGUAGAUAUCGAUGAAUGCUUGAACCAAACGGCGUGUGCGAAUGGUCAGUGCAGAAACUUUGAAGGUUACUUUAUUUGUUCGUGUGACGGCGGCUAUGCUCCCACUCCUGAUCGGAAAUCCUGUACAGACAUAGACGAGUGCCAGGAUGAGCAGAUGUGUGUGAACGGUCACUGUGAAAACACUCCAGGCUCCUUUAUCUGCACCUGUGAGAAGGGCUUAAGGGUCUCUCCCUCUGGAGACCAGUGCAUUGAUGUGGAUGAGUGUGUGGAAACUCCGGAGGUGUGUGGCAGUGUAGGACGCUGCACCAACAAUUUUGGUUCCUACCAGUGCAUCUGUCCACAAGGCUACCAGCUGCACAGUGAUGCUCUCCGCAUGGAUCCCUGUGAAGAUGUUGAUGAGUGUUCACUGGACCCUGACUUGUGUGGGCAGUUUGGCCAGUGUCAGAACACUGAAGGCUCCUUUACCUGCAUCUGUGAGAAUGGCUAUGAACUCAACCGAGAGUCAAACAACUGUGUAGAUAUUGAUGAGUGUUCUGACCUGCGGUUGAACAACUGCGGAGAGCGGCAGUGUGAGAACACACCUGGCUCUUACAGGUGUUUGGAGGACUGCCCCACUGGACACACCCUAAACACAGAGGGGAUCUGUGAGGAUGUGGAUGAGUGUGCACAGAACACUACGUUGUGUGGGACCAAUGGCUUCUGUAGCAACACGGUGGGCUCCUACCGCUGUUUGUGUUACCAAGGCUACCAGGAGUCUCCUGAUGGACUUAGCUGUGUGGAUGUGAACGAGUGUGAGCUGCUGAGCAAAGUGUGUGGGGAGGCAACAUGUGAAAACGUGGAAGGCUCGUUCAUGUGUAUGUGCCCUGAGGAAAACCAGGAGUUUAACCCCAACACUGCCAAGUGCAUACCAACCCCAGAAGUUACAGAGAGGAAGGAGUGCUACUACAGACUGAACGACGAGAACCUGUGUGACAAUGUCCUGACCAGCAGUGUGACCAUCGAGGAGUGCUGCUGCACGCUGGGAGCAGGCUGGGGUGAUAACUGUGAGGUCCACCCAUGCCCUGUUCAGGGAACAGAUCAGUUUAAUCAGAUGUGUCCAGCUGGUGCAGGCAGAAUUCCUAGUGGCAAUGCUGUGUUUGGACUUGCAACCCCGGACAACUUCAAAGAUGCGGACGAGUGUGCAUUGUUUGGGGAUGAGAUCUGUAAAGACGGCUUCUGUCUAAACACUGUGGGCUCAUAUGAGUGCUACUGUAAAUCAGGACUCUAUUAUGACGAGGUGAAACUUCAGUGUCUGGACAUAAAUGAGUGUAUGGAUGAGUCUGUUUGUCAGGGUGGGCAGUGUUUGAACACUCAUGGUUCCUACCAGUGUUUCUGUGUUCCUCCCAUGGUCCUGGACUCUGACAACAGACGCUGCGUUUCUCCUCCACCCGUGGCAGAGCAUAGAGAGGAACAGGAUUCAUACCAGGGCAUUUGCUGGGAGGAACUGACAGAUGACAUGAUGUGUUCGAAACCCCUUGCCAACACAAAGACCACGUAUACAGAGUGUUGCUGUCUAAGUGGGCAAGCUUGGGGCAUGUACUGUGCCCUGUGUCCCAAGAAAAACACAGUUGACUAUGCCACAUUGUGUAACCUUAACCAGCGUCCUUACGGUCGAGAUGCUCUGGUUGCUGGUCCAGUCCAGGAGUAUGAAGUCAGCCCUGACUAUGACUCUCAUACCCUGAACCCUGACUCCACCGCGCCCCUCUACGAAGAUGAAAGAAAUGGAUAUGAUGCAUUUGAGGGACUGCGAGCAGAGGAGUGUGGUAUCUUAAAUGGGUGUGAGAAUGGGCGGUGUGUGCGGGUCCAGGAGGGCUACACAUGUGACUGUUUUGACGGAUACACACUUGACAUGUCCCGCAUGGCCUGCGUGGAUGUGGAUGAGUGCAAUGAACUGAACAACAGAAUGUCUCUCUGCAAGAAUGCAAAAUGCAUCAACACACAAGGAUCGUACAAAUGUGUGUGUUUGCCGGGCUAUGUCCCCUCGGAUCAGCCGAACUACUGCGUGCCCAGAGAACAGAGAGCGACUAGCACUGCCACAGAGUGACCACCAGGGGGUGCCCUGAAAACACACAUAAAACACACACUUAUUUAAUCUAAGCCCAUAUACUCUGCACUGUAUAAAAGAAUGAAUGAAACAAGCAACAAAAUUAAAAAAAAAAAAAGAACAGAUAUGUACUGGAGUUGAAGAUGAUAUGUAAUGCAAUGUCUUUAUUGUGAGAGGAGAAAGGCAGAAUUGUAUAAAAUAUUUGGUUUUUGUCUGUCUCUAUGUAUGUAUUUUUCCCUUUUUGUUGAAUUGGAAGGAGUUUUUAAAGUGUGUCAGAUGGAUUUUGAAUCAUCUGGCACAAUGACAAACCCUAUGAACUGAUACUGGGGGAUGACAUGUUUAUUUACCCAGUAACAAACACCCUGCGUGUGUGUUUGGGUGUGUGCGUGUGCGUG